AAGACAGCUGACAGCCUCCUCUUGCAGAACGGAGCGUUAGAUUCAUAUCCACUGUCAGAAGUUAUCCAAUUCAAGAUCAUCAUGGGUGCAAAUGAAACAUUUAAAAAUGGGACACAUGAAAUGGACGGACACGCCAAUGAUUAUUCUUCUGAUUAUGAAGAUUAUUAUGAAGGGCGGGCUCGUUACACUCCACCACCGCCACCUGCUUGGUCCUGUGACGCUCUGUGUGUCUUCGUCCUUCUAUCAAGCAUUAUCAUCUUCGUUCUGGGCGUCCUGGGAAACGGCCUCGUCAUCUGGAUCAUUGGUGUGAAGACAAAGCGCUCGGUCAACUCCUCGUGGUACUUAAGCCUGGCAGUAUCUGACUUCUUGCUCUGCAUCACUGUGCCAUUCAACUCAGUGUACAUGACAACCGGAGAGUGGCACGUUGGACUUUUUAUGUGCAAGUUCAUUAGUGUGGUCAUGCCUCUGAACAUAUACGGCAGCGUAUUCCUUCUGGUCAUUGUCAGCAUAGACCGCUGCAUGUGCGUUAUCUUUCCUGUGUGGUCUCAGAACCACCGCACAAUCAGAGGUUCCUCAGUCGUCAUUGUUGCUGCCUGGACUCUCUCCGCGGCACUCUCCCUCCCAACCCUGUUGUUCUAUGACACACAUGACUUACACGGCAUAACUCUUUGUGGUUACAAUAGCACUGAGGCACUGAUGUCAAUGGAGACUUUGGUCGUGAUGGGUUUUGUAUUUGGGCUAGCCCUCCCUUUGGUGGUUAUAGUAGUUUGCUAUGCCAUCAUUAUGCAGAAGCUGAGAGUCAAUCGCAUGACAAAAUCAUCCAAACCAUUUCGACUCAUGACAGCUGUUAUAAUCACAUUUGUCAUCUGCUGGGUGCCUUACCAAAUCUUUAAACUCCUGAGCAUUAACCAGGUUCCCAAUAUUAAAACGGGGACUCAAAUCUCCAUCAUGCUGGCCUAUGCCAACAGCUUCAUCAAUCCACUGCUGUACUCCUUCAUGGGCCAAGACUUCAGAAAUAGAUGCCUAAGGUCCAUUUGUGCAAGGAUGGAAAAUGCCUUACAAGAGGAGGGCCAGUCCACGAGGGGAAUAUCAAUUUCCAGAUCUGCAGAGAGUCAAAAGAUUUCUCUUUAAAAUAUAAUCUAAUAUUGGGCUAAGUAUCUGAAAGUUACUUCACGGUAGGCCCCCUAGAUGCACCCCUUUUACGCCAGUGGAACUACCACACCACUAUGACAUUACACAGGGCCUUCAUCAGUCGUGUAGUCUACUUUUUUUAUGGUGGGUAUACUGU